UUGUAGUCUAUGGUCAAUGGUGUAUGUGCAUCUGUGUCCAUCUGUUUUUAUUUUUCUAACCAAACCAGAAUAUGAAAAAUUUAAAUAAACAACAAUGAAAAUUAUGUAAAAAGUUACACUGCAUUCAAUAAACAAUUAAACAAGCAUCUUGCAAUAAUGGAAGAACUGAGUGAUAAAUUUUAUUACGUAUAUAGUUCCAGCCUAAGUCACAGAAUUCAAAUUAAAAUCGGAACCCUUGAAGGAAGAAGACAAAAACCGGAAUACAACAAACUGAUCGAAGACCUCUUAUUGAAAUACUCCGGAUUAUAUCAAGACGGCUGUGCAGAUUUGAUGGUACUUUGUCAAAUAUUUGAUCAGAAUUCCCCUUUAGCUUUGCCAAUAUCGACCUCGUACAAAUCGUUUACAACUCGGUGGAAUUGGAACGAAUGGGUCACUUUACCCGUACAGUUUAACGAUUUGCCUAGAUCUGCACAAUUGGCUAUAACGAUAUAUGAUUGUGUAGGGCCGAAUAAGUUAACGCCUGUAGGUGGCACCACAAUUUCGUUAUUUAGCAAACAUGGCGUUUUUCGUGAGGGAAUAUUAGAUUUGAGAGUUUGGCCAAAUGUGGAAGCCGACGGUAAUUUUCCUAGUGAAACGCCCGGCCAAAUUAGAGAUCAUGGUAAACAUCAGAUGCAAAGAUUGGCAAAGUUGGCUAAAAAGCAUCGUAAUGGGCACAUUUCGAAGGUAGAUUGGCUGGAUCGUUUAACAUUUAGGGAGUUAGAAAUAAUAAAUGAAAAAGAAAAAAGAUCGUCAAACUAUUUAUAUUUAAUGAUUGAAUUUCCUACAAUUUUGGUGGAUAACAAGCCCCACCAUGUCGUAUAUUUUGAACAGGACGGCGACGAAGUUUACCAAUUUAGAGCGCAAGCGGAUAUCGUCACAGUCCCAGAUCAGGAAAUUCUCAAGGAAAAUUUGGUCGAAAGUAAACAUCACAAGUUAGCUCGGUCUUUGAGAAGUGGGUACUCGGAUAAGGAUGCCAAACCAAAUGCGACUGUACGCGAUAUGUUGAAUAUAAUAGUAUCGUACCCUCCUACGAAACAAUUGUCGAAUGAGGAACAAGAUCAAGUGUGGAAAUUCAGAUUUUAUCUAAGCAAUCAAAAGAAGGCGUUAACAAAAUUUUUAAAAUGUGUUAAUUGGACACAGAAUGGUGAAGUGAGACAAGCUCUUCAAAUGUUAGAAGUUUGGGCUCCAAUGGACAUCGAAGAUGCCUUGGAAUUAUUAAGUCCCAAUUUUCAACAUCCCACUGUUAGAAAGUAUGCCAUAUCGCGAUUACAACAAGCACCCGAUGAAGAUCUGAUGCUUUAUUUACUCCAACUUGUGCAAGCUCUUAAAUAUGAAAAUUUCGACGACAUUAAAGAAGGUUACCGUAGAGUAUUUCCGGGAAAAGAAGUGAUGGUAACGAGUGACGAAAAAGAAGCACAAUUAGAAAAGAGAGACAGUAAAGAAAGUAACAGUACAAUUACUAAUGAAACUGUCAUAAGUAGAUCUGUUAGUGUCAAUCAAGGGGAACAAGUCGCAUCCUCAAAUGUAAAUAGUAUUAUAGAUAUAGAGUCGAGUCAACGAGCGGGUGGCCUCCUGGAUAACCUCAACAUAAAUACUGAUUCUGCCAAUACUGAUACAUUACAAAGCGAAAUGAAGGAGGAAGAGGAAAUUCAAGAUUUAGCAUCGUUUUUAAUACACAGAGCUUGCAAAAAUUCAACUCUCGCCAAUUAUUUUUAUUGGUAUCUGUUAAUAGAAUGCGAGGAUCAAGAGGCUACAAUAAAACAAGAUGUGAUGGUGAGAGAUAUGUACCUCACUGUACUAAAAACUUUUUCUCAAACUCUUGUGAGAGGAAAUGUAGAAUGGCAAAGAAGGAGAGAUAUUUUAGCCCGCCAACAAAAGUUCAUAGACAAACUAGUGAAACUAGUCAAGUGUGUUUCUAGAGAAAGCGGAAACCGGAAAAAGAAAAUUGAGAAGUUACAACAACUACUGUCCGAUCCGGACGUGUUUAAAUGGAAUUUUAAAAAUUUCGAACCACUUCCGCUGCCUUUAGAUCCAGAGAUACAAAUCAAAGGUAUCAUCUCAGAAAGGGCGAACUUGUUCAAAUCUGCACUUAUGCCAUCGAAACUCCAUUUUAUGACUGUUGACAAUACGGAGUAUGUAGCAAUAUUUAAACACGGCGAUGAUCUUAGGCAAGAUCAGCUUAUACUACAAAUGAUUACAUUAAUGGAUAAAUUGUUACGAAAAGAAAACCUCGAUUUAAAACUUACUCCAUAUAGCGUAUUGGCCACCAGUUCCAAGCAUGGCUUUUUACAAUUUAUUGACUCGAUAACUGUAGCAGAAGUGCUAGCAACUGAAGGUAGCAUUCACAAUUUUUUCCGCAAGCACCAUCCCCACGAAUGUGGUCCUUAUGGUAUCGCACCAGAAAUAAUGGAUACCUAUGUACGGUCUUGUGCCGGAUAUUGUGUGAUCACGUACCUCCUAGGUGUGGGUGACCGACAUCUUGAUAAUCUGUUGCUAACCACUUCCGGAAAAUUAUUCCAUAUAGAUUUUGGUUACAUAUUAGGCAGAGAUCCAAAACCACUACCUCCUCCCAUGAAGCUAAGCAAGGAGAUGGUGGAAGGCAUGGGUGGGGUUAAUUCCGAACAUUAUCAAGAAUUUAGGAAACAAUGUUAUACCGCUUUUCUACACUUAAGAAGGCACGCGAACUUAAUGUUAAAUUUAUUUUCUCUAAUGGUGGAUGCAAGUGUACCAGACAUAGCGUUAGAACCUGAUAAAGCAGUUAAAAAGGUACAAGAUAAGCUACGUUUAGAUUUAGGGGACGAAGAGGCUGUUAGGUACAUGCAAAAUCUUAUUGACCUAUCGGUCACUGCUGUUAUGGCUGCGUUGGUUGAACAACUGCAUAAAUUUGCUCAAUAUUGGAGAAAAUAAAAACGUGUAUUUAUACGACAAAGUCGUGUGUAUAUUUUUAAUAAUUGAAAUAUAUUAUUUGUAUCUCUA